ACAUAUCAUAUCAUAAUUCCACAGUCUCACAUACUUUACCACGUAGUCACCAUACGAAAUGCCGCUCACCAUCAUCAUUCAGUACAAAGUUACCUAAUCAUACGGUCGCAUGUUCUCACUUUCCACCGUUAGAGUGCGAAUCUCCAUUGAUACUUUUACCGCGCAUCCGUCCAACGAGUUAAUGUUAUGUAAAUAAAUGCAACUGAUUAAAAAUCGUAGAAAACAAACAAAGUCCGGCCGACCGGGUAGCUGUGGGCAAGUUCACCUAACCGGUCGGUGUGACGAUUAACGUUUUAGUAUCGUUCCGAACUUGACCGACUCUGGUAGUGGCUAUCGACACCGUCAUCGGUAGCAGGCUGUCGCAUCGCUCAACCCCACACAAUCACCCGGUUGAUUAUCUCCAGUCGUCAACGCGGUUACCGUCGUGAAGGAUCCCCGCUGGUGGUCAACCCGAUCCGAUAUCGGUCGUCAGUGGGUGUGGUGGUGAGUAGAGAUGAAUGUGAUGUUGAUGUUGAUGAUGAUGCCGCCGACCGUGGGGCUACUGAGCUGUGCGCUACUGUUGAUGGCCUCGACGGGGGUCGCCAGUCAGCGAAUCGUUCAACAGCCGUGCCCUGACCCGGAGACGCGACCGAUUGUGAAAAAUUUCGAUUUGAACAAGUACAUUUCUGGAAAGUGGUAUGAAAUCCUACGCUAUGAUCAGCACUUCGAAAAGGAUUGUGACUGUGGGUACGCCACCUACACUCUCAAAAAAAUAAACACCCUCAAGGUGGAAAAUUGUUGCAAGCGUCUGCCCAAUCUUGAGGUGCACUGCUCCAUAGGCAAAGCAGUCGUCAGUUUCCCGGAUGCGAUUCCCCUGGAAGCCAAAUUGAAUGUCACUUUUGGAGGCCCACCAAACAAUUCCAAUUAUUGGAUCAUGGACACGGAUUACGACAACUACGCCAUUAUUUAUUCCUGCAAGAACUUGUCCGAAAACAAAUCAGCAGAAGCAGCCUGGGUGCUCUCGAAGCAGCGAACCAUUAAACAGGAGGUUCGUUUCAAAGUAGAUCAGCUUGUAGAUCAAUAUCUGGUUCGGUCCGAUAUGCGGGUGACGGAGCAAAGCCAAUCAAUAUGCAAAUACGAGGAGACGCCGACCGAAACUAGUCUUAAUUGAUCCGCAAAACUUUGCUCCGUAGAAGAAAUUUCUUACCGCAGCUCAUCAUCAUCAUAAGCAGGAGCAGCAUCACCACCACUAUCCCGAUGAUGCACAGGCAACAUUUCCCGGGCAGGCGAAGAAAAAACAUCCAUUGCUGCAGGCGAUUUCCUCCAUCCUAAGUGUACGAGUUUCAACGGAGUUGGUGAUGAUUAUUUUCCAGGGACCGAAGGAACAAAGUGAAUCCGGUUUGGUACUGCGGAGGAGAAGACAAGAACUCAUCCGCCUCAAUUUGCCAUGUCUGACAAAAAACGAAACCGCAAAACUUUCGAUAAAAUUUCAUUCAAUCCGUUGAUAGAAAAAGGCGGAGGAGGGGGAGUGAAAAUCGAGGGUAAUUUUGCUACUAAGCUAAUAAAUGAGAAAUACUUCAGA